AUGGAUGCCACAUCUAUUAAAAUCAAAGCCGUCUCACGGCCGUCGAACCUGAGCCGCAAAGUUAUCACACCAAAGCCGUUGAACCUGAAAGUCUCAGCAAUCAAACUAAAGAAGAAGGCCGGGGCACCAGCACAACAUUACUCCCUUCAGGACGAGAACUUCGAUCCUCGACCGUUCUCUUUUCUAGAAAACGAUCCUGUUACACCAGGAUUUGAACCGAUAACGCCUUUCGAAAUUACACCUCCAAAUUCUGCGGGCGGCACGGAAGAGGACCAUGAUGACUUCAACGACAAUGAUAGCGACAUUAUAGAUAGUCCCGGUCCCACCGCAGAUUUCCAGAAUAACAAAAUCAGGAAAGCUCUUGGUAGGGAGCCAGAAAACAGUGCUUAUGAGAAUGAAAGACUCAGACAAGAAGAAGCGGAGUAUGUCGCCCGUAAUCUCGGGUUCUCGCAAGCACAGCCUUCAAAUUACCGCGGUCUGGUGCUGAAGAAGGCGAACAAAAAGCCUAGCAAGCAGUCCUUGCGACAUCGCGAGAGCAGAGAGACAAUGUUCUCCGAGGAUAGCGUGAUCUCCGAAGAAAGCCACACGACCCCUCGGCAUAACUCUAGGUUUUCCAUGUCCACUGCGACAGAUAUGGACCCUACCACGCCCUUCAUGGAUACUGGCUUCGAAGACCACGACUACUUUGAUAACUCGAAAACCCCCCAGCCAAACUCUAGUCGCAACCUGCUUCUCCGGGGCACAGCGCCAGCGUCUGCAACACGGACUAAGUUCGUAUCCACCGAGCUUGUCAUGCCUAUGCCACAACAUCCAACUCCUCUAUCACCUACAAUGGAACGCUUCUUAUCAAGAAUGUCCGAAGUUAUAACCUCUCCGCUUAGUGCGACGUUCCCUGAGGAGAUCCCUGGUGUCGCUCCAGAUCCAGCUACUCCUGCACCCACAAAGACAGAGUUCAAAAUUCCGUCUCACGUCAUCGAUGUCAACUUGGUUUCCGUCGUAGCUAUGGAUUUUAGCCCUCAGCAAAUGAUCGAUAUCAGUGGGAACACGGCGUUGGUGCAGCAAGAAUGUGACCCGAUUGCAGAGCCAAAACACUCUAAUGGCGGUAGCACACAGCAAAUAAUGUAUAUAAUCCCCAUUUUGCUUAAUGACCCUGCCAGUUUCUGCGCCUGUGAUAAGGCACAUGUCGAAAGCGACACUGCGUCAGUGGCAUCGGCCACAAGGUCUGCUAUUCACCCAAGCAACAUCCUCAGAUUCGAAAAUGUCAUCGUUCAGAUGAGGUUAGCGCCCCGACCCCGCAUCCGUCGGCAUGGCUGGACAUUCCUCAAUAUUGGUAUUCCUACCCGGAUUGUCGUUGGAAUUCUCGAUCAUUUGGAGAAAGAGCUAGUAAGUGUGGGCAAAUGCAAGAUGGUUCUACAUGGCGACUACUACUGGAUUUACACACCGGUUCGAGCGUUCACCAAAGUCUACAAACGAGAAUACAUAACAUCUCCAAGGGGUGGUGAUAUUCCUUCCCGGACGAACUCGAAGACUCCGAAGACGGCUGCGGAUCUAGAAUCUCUCCGAGAAGAGGAUGAAGAAGACGAUGACAAUAGUGUUAUAGACGAUUCUGGAGAUGAAGAGGAGGAGGAGCGUCAAACAAUCUACAAAGAGCUUCCAGAUUCAAGGUUUUACUCUUUGCUAGAAACAAGGUCACUCUCUGUGGACUUGUACACUGAGAUCUACGCCAAGUCCAAUGCAGAAUAUCCUCUUGACUCCCCAGCACAAGGCGACUUCUCCCUCGGAUUCUCGAUAAGAGAGAUUAUCGUCACCGCAGAAAGCAACGUCCGUGGCCCAGACUGGAGCCACGUCAAGUCCCAGCGCAGCAAAUGUCUCGCUAGAGGCCAUCCUGCGGAUAUGGUCAGCCCGAUCUCUGGUGUCAACAGAAGCGUUGUCGGGUCCCCAUUCAAUCCUGGUGCCGUCAACAAUCACGCAAUAAACACGUGGAACAGUAAUGUCACUGCUGGUUCUGUACGUAGUGCUAGCAAUCUGGGGAAUCUGAUAGACCGUUGGGACCCCAAUUCUACACCCGUUAACCGGACGGAUCCGAAUGCGACCCCUGUCGCUCGCUCGGCCGCGAAUGGGAGUGUUGCCAAUGGCUAUGAUUACGCUUCCAUAGCGAGGUACGGCUCACGAGGGGCUACAGCAACACCUGGUGCGUGUAGUCAUUGUGGAAGCCAUGUGCCAGAUGGGGUCGCCAGUCCGCUUUCUGCAGUUGCUACAAGCCCUAUCACCAACAAUGGAAGAUUCGAUAAAAGGAGCAAUUCAUCGCUUAGCACAGCAUACCGCAGCCAGAGUUUAAACCGGAUUAGAGAAGACGGCAGGCAAAGCAGCCGCGGUUAUAAGGUGGUAGAUAACGACGUUCAACACUCAAGAACAAAUAGCAGGAACCGUAAUGAUGAUGUUAGGAGCGGAAGCAAGGUUCGAAGCAGAAGCCAAUUGAGUCGGCGAGAUCAUAAGGAUGGACGCCAUAGCGCUGGUAGACGGAGGGAGGAUAGAAGCCAGAGCAGGGAUCGGACGAUCGAGCGGGACGCUGCAUCUACUCCGAAGGCGCCCCAAACAACUUCCACGACGUACGAUAGCGAUAAUUGGGUGGUAAAAGACAAAUCAAAUGCUCCUAUAGAGGAAGCGACACCCGAGAAAUCAAAGAAACGCUGGGGCCGGAAGAAGAAGUACGUCGAGUAA